CUUCUUAGGAAAUCUUGUAAGUGUAAAACUGUUCUACUCAUGAGUUUGGUUCUUCUGUUUGCAUUGUUAUCUCAAAGGAAGAAAUUCCUUACAGGCUAUGAACAAGCCAGACUUUUUUUUUUGUCCUCAUGUAACUUUCAAGUUGUAAAAUGUGACUGAUUUUCCUGGGUCUGUUAUCAGAAAUGACGGUCAUCCCGGAUUUACCAACUCAGCCCUCACUGCAGCAGCUUCUGACGGAUCUCUGCACUUGAGAAGGACAGAUGGAUGCUUUUGAGGGAAUUCACAGCGUCCACAUUUCCUCAUCUCCGCCGCCWUCUGCCUCAUCGAGCCCGGGAUAUGAAGUCCUCAAAGCAGGGAGAUCUGGAAUAGCAGUUUAUUCCUCCUCGGUUUUCUUUGGGACCCCUGAUGUGGUGCCUGAGGUCAGACACAAAACCAGCAAGGUCACAGUGAAGGAGCGCUGUGUUGUUGGAAAGUUGGUAGAUCUGGAUCCAGAGCCCGAGUCCAGAGUGGAGGGAGGCGGCCAGGUCGGGCCCACCUCAGGCAGACGUCAUGGCGAGGUCACCCGGCUCCGCAGCUCCUCGCUGGAGAUUAAAGAAAAAGAAAUACGAGAAAAAGGGUCAGAGAUCCUGAGGGAACAACUAGACGCGGCAAAGAGGGAACUGAAACUAAAAGACAAGGAGUGCGAGCGUCUGUCACAAGUCAGGAAUCAGCUGGAGCAGGAGCUGGAGGAGCUGACUGCCAGCCUGUUUGAGGAAGCUCAUAAGAUGGUGCGUGAAGCUAACGUGAAACAAGCAGGAGCAGAGAAACAACUGAAAGAGGCUCAGGGGAAGAUUGAUGUUCUGCAAGCAGAGGUGACUGCGCUCAAAACUCUGGUGUUGACGUCCACUCCCUCCUCACCCAACCACCAGCUGCACCCUCAGCUGAGCGCAGGGACCCGAGGAUCGCACAAACGGGGAGGGAGCCACGUCCGCAACAAGAGCGUCAGCGGAGCUUUUCAAACCUCCGACGCUUCCACUGUUUCCAGUCAGUCUGUGGUUAAAGAGGAGAGAGAGAUGGACUCGAUCCAGUUUGCAGAGUUUUUGUUGUGGAAGGAACAGCCGAGUCUGGACCGAUCCUCCCCCUUCCUCAGUCGCAUUUACAAAGAAGACAUUGGACCUUGCCUCUCCUUCACAAGAUCAGAGCUGUCCCAGCUGGUUCAGAGCGCUGUGGAAAACAACUCUCUAACCAUCGAGCCUGUGGCUGUGUCAGCGUUACCCAUGGUUAAAGCAUCUGCUUUAGAGUGUGGAGGUCCAAAUGGUUAUAGGGCUUCAAUAGAGACAAAAUGUGCGUUAAGUGGCUUGUCUCGAAUCUGCCAACAUCGCAUCAAACUGGGUGACAAGGAGAACUACUACUACAUCUCUCCCUCCAGCCGAGCGCGGAUCACGGCUGUAUGCAACUUCUUUACUUAUAUUCGGUACAUUCAGCAAGGUCUGGUCAGACAUGAUGUGGAGCAGAUGUUUUGGGAGGUGUUGCGUCUUCGCAGAGAGAUGACAGUCGUCAAGUUAGGUUUCUACCUCCCAGACCAGGGCUAAAGGACCUGACAGUCCAUCCCAGAACUCUCAUCAUGUCCUACAUGUUCGRAGUAGCUGCGCUCCCACAGGUCUUAGAUCAUUUUUUAUUGUUCAGGUUGCACAUUAGUCUUACAGCUGAAACAAUAAGGUAAGCUGGAAAUAUUGAAGUGCCACUGCAGGAACACACAUUUAUUAAGACCUUCUGUUGUGCAGCAUGCUACGAAAUGGAUCUGUCUUCCARUAAGUGACUUUGAUAUAGUUUGUUUGGUUUUAAUCUUGUGAGGCAACUGAUCAAGUUGAGACAGUUUCAGGUAUUAAUUACUUUUUUAAAACAAUGAGCACAAAACAAGAAAACAGCCUAAAAAAACAAACACAUCCGUAGAUAUACUGAUGUUCAAAUGUCAUCAAACGUCUGCAGGUGUUAAUUCUGUUCAUGUGUUUCUGCUCUGAUGUGUCAUAAAACCACAAAUCAGUCUCCACWCAGCUUUAUGUACACAUUUUACUUCAUUAGACAUAUUUUCAUUAGUUAAUACACAGCCAGCAGUGACAGCUUUACAGUGUUUAAAACAUUAACCAGCUUUAUUACAGUUUAAUGAAGUAUUUCAAAUUCUAAUUUACUCUGCAAUGAACAACACAAUAAGUCAUAAAUUACUUGGGAUGAAAACAGAAUAGCCAUAUAAUUUUACGUCAUAAUGUAGAUUUGUUAUUGGACAGUUUUUAUAGAAAAGCUUGAUGGUAAAAAUGAAGAAUUGUCUUUAUGCAAUUGGAAUGAUUAUUAAAUAUGUAACACUCCAUUAAACAAAAGGCUCUUUUGCUCAAC